UUCAGGUUGUAAGUGAAACAUGGAUAAACCAAAUAAAAAUGAUCCUCUGCCUACAACACAAAAGUUUUGCUAUUUUUUUGAUUUAAGACCGGCCGUGGGUUUUUAUGUAGCAUUUGAGUAUAUUAUGUGGAUAUUGCUGCUUUUAUCAGCUGUAAAUUUAGAAAUCGAGAGUAUUGAGAAGACAAAUUUGGUUGAAUUUGAAGAAGUGCUAAGGAAGGAUUUAUAUUAUAAUAUAAUUUUUGGUGCUCCAGACCCAAUAAAUAAUGCUAAUGCUAGAUCUUCAACAAUUUUCCUCAAUACAAUCCUUGUGAUAGUUUUUCUACUUUACUUCCUAUUUACUCCUAUCCUUUUAAUUGGCAUCAUGAAGUCAAGUCCUAAUUGGUUUAUACCUUAUAUAAUCUACGACAUAGUGAUGAUAAACUUGUCAGGCUGCUUCUUUAUAGUCGCAAUUAUUGUAUGGAAUUUAAGGAUGUUCUGGAUAUGCUUCAUCUUUUUUGCCUUAAAAUUAAACUCAGCAAUUGGCGUCUUCUCAGUUUAUAAAAUCGAGGGUGGCAAGGUCGCUGAUAGUUCCGAGUUAUCAUAUUUAAGUGGCAUCAGUCCAACAACGACCAUGGAAAGCAUUUGCGAGGCUGUAAAUGUAUAAAGUAUUCCUUAAUACUUUCAUAGCUUUACGAGUGAUUUAAAGAAAAUUGCUUUCGAGCAAUAAAGGAAAUAACAAGUUCCUUUAAUUAAAUCAUAAAAAUAAAAUAUUGUAACCCGUGUGAAGGAUAGGCGCUUCCCUCCUCAAUGUUAAAGAAAAGGAAAAAAUUUAUUUUUGUGUACACAAUAAAAAUGCGUGAAAUAAAAAGUGGAAAUUAUGGAGAAACGUUUGCAUAUGUAAGGAAUCAUUUGGAUAAUCAAUAAGCAUUAUAUUUGAUAUUUUUU